AUGGAGUAUCACUCCGUCCCACCGGAGGAGCGCGCUAGGGACGAGAAGGGUAACCUCUUGCCCUGGGGCUAUGUUUACAAAGACGAAACUCGCAACCCUCGACGACCAGCAGAAGAAUCAGGACCUUUUGGCAAGCGAAGAAACGCUCGAUACCAAAAUGAUCGAUCGCGCACACGGACUGGCACACCGGCGGCUAGACGAGAGAAUGUCAAUGUUGCCGAGUUCGAUCGGUUAUUCUCAAUGCAGCAACAGGAGGUAGAGAAGACACAGGGUUUACCCAAGUCAUCAUCGUCAUCCAGUCUUGACAACGCACGGAAACUGUCUGAGAAGGUCGCAACCGAGUGCAUACUCUACGGUUACAAAAACAAGGACAACGAGUGGAAGGUUAUCAACAAAUAUGAACAAAUCUCCCAGGGUCAAAUUUGUGAAGACUAUCCGCGCAGUGAUCCCAAAUCCGCCACACCAUACUCUCAGAUGUUGAGCGGCGGCGACGUCGUCAUCCGCACGAAUCUAUCCGCCGACGCGAAUCGCAAGUCGAAGCGCUACGCCGGUGGCUACCACUGGAUCAAGGUCACCUACGACUCGAGCCAGUCUGCAGACCGCGCCUGCUUCUAUUCACCGCAGGAGAUCGAUGGACAUCUCGUGUUCUGUGAGCUGUACAGCGGCCAUGGACCGGUCGAAGACAGUCCCAUCCCCGUGGGCUCUGCGACGGGCGAUCGCAUUCACAAGAAAGGAUCGCGUACCCUGACCACCUCACAUUCGACCGCAUUCCUAUCCAACUCUAGCAAGGACCAGGAUCGAAUGACCCUACCCCGGUCCUUUGCCAUGAACAAUCUCUCCAGCGUCCCCGAUGUACCAGAAGAAAAUUCGCCCGAGUCCACCACAAUCACAGAUAACACAGUCGCAGCCACUUCCUCGACUGUGACCUCCGCAACCGCAACACCCUUGUUGAAUACAGGCGGCUGGACCACAAGCCCCACGGAAGCCGGACCUUCCAUGACAGGCGCUUUAACGAGCGGCAGUCUGGCCACCGACAGCUCAUCAAUGCGCCAGCGCCGUGCCUCUGCCGCUGCCCUCACCUCUACCGAACCCAACCCCGAUCACGAAUUCAUGACGCACAUCCCCACAGUCCGACGAACCAAGCUGCGCCCCUUGACCGAAGCCCUCCCUCCCCAGCCAACCCUCACAGAGCGUGUCCUCCGAUCCAUCCCCAUCUUAAGUUGGUUCACUGGCGACAUCGUGGGCGAGGGUCCACAGCUCUGCGAUGACGGCACAUUCGACUGGGACAAAUCGGGUACCUACUGGCGUUUCUGGUACACCAUCGAUGCAUUCCUGGGUACUGAUCUGUGCGGCAUGAAGGAAGAUAUCUGA